AUGGCGGGAGCAGGAUCGAGUUAUCCCCCGGCGGGCUACCCGGUUGUGGCUAACCCGGUUCCACAAGGCGGCGGCGGCGUAGGCGGAGGAAUCGUGGUGGUGGGCCCACAAUUCUGCGCACCCUAUCCGGUUGAUCUCAUCAUCUCCCGGAAGCUCAUGACCCUGGCGGAAGGCAGCUUCGGUGUCACCGACGUUAAUGGCAACCUCAUGUUUAAGGUUAAGGGCAAAUUCUUCAGCCUACGGGACCGUCGCGUCUUGCUUGACGCCGCCGAUCAGCCUCUCCUCUCCUUCCAACAAAAGAUACUGACUGCACAUAGGAGAUGGAAAGUUUUCAGAGGAGAUUCCUCAGACGAUAAGAACCAGCUUUUCAGUGUUAGAAAGUCUUCACUCUUCCAGUUUAAAACCAAGUUGGAUGUGUUCCUGGCUUCUAACACCAAAGAAGAUGUUUGCGACUUCAGAAUCGAAGGCAGCUGGUUUGAAAGAUCUUGCACUAUCUAUGCUGGAGAGUCUUCUACUAUUAUCGCUCAGGUAUUUUUUUUAACUACCUUUGAAAUCCAUUUCUUUGAUUGCGCUUCGACCAAAGUCCUUAGCAUUUAGGUUUUUCUGAUUAGUUAAACAUUGUCAUAAACUGUGAUGAUUUAAAGCUUUCCUUUGCUUUCACUGUCGAUGAGAUGAUCCUCUGAUGUCAACUGUGUUUGCAUUGUCAAAUGGUCAUAUAAUAGUAGACGAUAACCACCUAAGGUUUUUUUUUAUCACUUUUACUAUUAAGUUAGAUAUUUGAUCACCUCAAGCAUACAUAUAGUUAGCUGGCGGUAAUUUUAACUAUUUGUGUUUUGUAUUUACACACUUUAUCAACAAUCCAAAUUAAUAUUGUCUUUUUGAACAAUUUGUCAAUACACAGAUGCACAAGAAACACAGUGUUCAAAGUAUUGUGCUAGGGAAAGAUACAUUUGCGGUGACUGUAUACCCAAAUGUGGAUUACGCUUUCAUAGUUGCCCUCGUUGUGAUACUGGAAGAAAUUAACGAGGACAGGGAUGGAUCCGACUGAUCUUGCAUUCAGGCAUGAUCACCACUGCAUAGUUGUAGUAUUGGGAUAAAGGCAGUGGUUAUUGUUAUUUAAUGUGUGAUACUGAGUUAGAUUUUUGAGUGACCUUGAGCAUGUUUUUUGUUUUUUUUUUUCUUUAUCAAAAUCUACGAAAUAACGAGGGAGAAAUGAAGCAUGUAGAUAUAUGUUGCAAAACAGAUUUGAUUGUAUGCAUAUUGUACCUACCUUGUGUGAUGGAUUUUGUUCCCUUCCUUUGCCAUUUUUUAAAGCUCUUGUUUACCUUUUCAUAAUGAUAGAGAAGGGAGGGAUUUGAUCACUUAUGGUUUAUGUUUUUAAUAACUUAGUGUGUGCGAGGGGCGAGAAGAGCAGAAUUGGGUGGCGGGGAUUACUUUAUUAUUAUUAUUAUUAUUUUUGUACAAAAGGGGAUGCAAUCGCCUUAUAUUAAUACGUUACGCAGGUAAGAUACCCUAGUCAUAUUUGGUCGCUAUCCCUGCAAGGCAAUCGGCCGCAAAGUUGGCUUCUUGGUGGACAUGGUUUACUGAUACCGACCAAUUUCUCGCCAAAAGUUCCCUUAUCCCUUCAAUCAGGUCCAUGGACACCAGUUAGUUGAGCUCCAUUAAGGACUAUACUGACUGUUGUUGUGCUAUCCAACUCCGCGAUGACCCUUAUUUCCCCCAUAUCCCAUGCCUGUGUAAGGCCCUGUUACAACCCCCAUAGCUCAGCCCCCGUCACCGUAGUUGCCUCGAUAUUCAAGGUAAAGCCUUGCAUCCACGUCCCAUCUGAGUUUCGGAUUAAACCUCCAGCCCUUGCUUCACCAGUGGAGGAGUCAUAAGUAUCAUCCGAGUUUACCUUUACCCAGUCAGGCGGCGGAGGAUCCCAUCUUAUCAUUCUAUGUUUCCUUUUUCUGCCCUCACCUCUAAUUUUUAAGUCUCUGCUUCUGGCCGCCACUACUUCGUCCACCUUGCGUCUGAUUUCUUUCAGCUUGAACCCAAUCGAAUGCCUGGUGUCGGAGAAGACUAAAUCGUUUCUCCACUGCCAGAUUUUCCAGCAGGUUAGGCCAAAGCAUAACUACCUACUGAUCUCCCUAAUCUCUGGAUUGUCUGAGCAUGUUGUUCAACAUCCAAUCCUAAAGGUCCUCCUGGUAAAAGCUAUCAAUUCUCAUCCCAUCAACCAAUAGGUUAUUUCAGAGUUUGCAUGAGUAGCUGUAGUCUCGAAGUAUGUGGAUUAUUGAUUCAUCUGUCAUCCCACAACAAGGACAAGAGGUAGACGGAGCCAUAUGGCGUUAGUUCCUCUCUAAAUUGGUCAUCAAACGGCCUCUAGCCGCCAAAGACAGGUUUUGACUCUUUCCGGACCUAGCCACGUCCAAAUGGCUCUCCAUAAUGGCGAACCUCUCCUUUCCGAUUGAUUCUCCACAAUUCCAUAAGCUGACCUUGUGGUAAAUCCGCCGUGUCCAGAGAGUGACCAACCACACUUAUCCUUUCCUUGUCUUGGGUCCGGCGGUAGCGUCGCCGCAAUCUUCAUCAGGAUACGGGCAGGGAGCAGGUGCUCGAACUUUGCCCAAUUCCAGCAGCCUUCAUCUGAUAAGAAAUCACACACUUUAUAUUGCAAUUGUUCCACUGGUAUAGGCAGUAAAGCCACAUCUUGAAGGGAUUUUGAGCUUUGUCCAUGGAUCCUUCCAGAACGGGAUCGUUUCCCCAUCAUUGAGAGUCCAAUGAAGCUCUUUCAUCAGAGGGAUCCAAGUUUUUGCAAUGGAACGGCAAAUGAUAGAGCUGUUUGAGGGGGAUAGCGGCCCGAAUUUUUGAAGCCCAAAUUAGCCAUAUUUCGCCUUAUAUACUCUAACCCACAGGGCGCCAAAGUCAUUGAGCAGGGCCCAACCCAACUUCAUUAUAAAUGUACAGUUCAUAGACUGUAGUUUCUUUAAUCCAAGCCCACCUACUUCCUUGGGCUCACACACCUCCUGCCAACCCACCAGACUAAGCUUCUAAUCUUCAUUAUCACUCCCCAAAGGAAUCGCGGGCAAAGCUUCUCGAUUUCCAAGCAAGUGCUCGCCAGAAUCAUAACUAUUUGCAUAUUUUAGAAGGGCAAGGUAGAAAUCACUUACUUGAUCAAGGUAAUUCUUCCUGCUAAGGAGAGGCUGGAGGCCUUCAGACUGCCCAAGAUUGAUCGAACUUUGUCCAACACACCAGCAAAGGUAUUACGAUUAAGCCUUCCAUGAAUUACUAGAGCUCCGAGGUACUUGCCUAAGUCUGAAACCAAUUUGAACCCCAUCUUCCUGGCCAAACCUCUACUUGUUCUCCUGUGAACAUUUCUGGAACAGAAAACUUGAGUCUCAGGCAUACUGAUCUUCAUUCCCGAAGCGUCGCAAAAUUCCUUCAACACCGAGUUUAACAACACUUGUGAUUCUGUUGCUUCUAAGAACAGCAAAAUAUCAUCUGCAAAUAGGAGAAAUGGUAGAGGUAGCUUCGAUCUUCCAAAACAGAGAGGUAUCCAUGAGCCUUUCUCAACUUCUUUUGCUAUGGCAUGUCCAAGUCUUUCAAUACAUAGGACAAACAAAGGCGAAAUAGGAUCACUUUGUCUAAUGCCACGGUUCUGUUUGAAUACUCUGGAGGAUUCGCCGUUCCAUUGUAUCUGUAUAGAUGCUGAGGUAAUACAGUUCAUUACUCCGUCCACAAUUAAAUCCGGAAGCCAGCCUGUCUCAUUGUAUCCUGGAUGAAUGGCCACUUUAUCAUAUCAUAGGCUUUCUCUAGGUCGAUCUUGACUGCCAUGUAACCCUUUUUUCCUUGCUUUGUACGCAUGGUGUGGAUAGCUUCCUGGCCUAUAACGAUGUUAUCCGAGAUCAAUCUUCCCUGGAUAAAGCUUGCUUGAGCCGGGCCAAUUAUUCCCGGAAGUGAUGGUUUGAUUCGGUUGGCCAAGACUUUGGCGGAGAGGUUGUAAAUCACGUUGCAAAAGCUUAGAAGCCGGAAUUGUCUAAUAUUCUCCGGGUUUUCAAUUUUUGGAAUGAGCACAAUUAGUGUCUGGUUCAUUGCUACCACACUAUUACCGUCGUGGAUGGUUGCCUUCACAAAGUUGCAAACUGAUUGCUUCACCACUGGCCAUUUACUUUGGAAAAAGAGGGGGUGGAGUCCGUCCAAACCCAGUGCUUUGAUUGGGUCCAUUUCCUUCAACGCCUGCAAAAUCUCCUUGUCCUCCACCUGUCUACUCAUAAACUGGACAUCCACCGGUUGGAGGGCAGGGAAGCAAUCCCUCACUCUAUAAGUAACCGGCUCUGAUGGCGGUCCAGUGUACAAAGAUUAGAAGUACUCCACCGCCAAUUCACGCAGAUCUUUUUGAUUAUCUACCCACCGCCCCUUGUCAUUUUUUAACGUCACAAUUCUAUUCUUUUUCCUCCUUCGUUUGAGAAAGGAGUGAUAGAAUUUUUAAUUUCCAUCUCAGUACAAGGUAGAGUCUCUAUUUGCUUUUUGAUCAUCAGGAUCUCUUCCUGAGCCAGCACCUCAUCUAAUUCCUGCACUAGAUCAACUUCCAACGCAUCCAACUUAGCAUUUGUGUAAUGUUCCUUGGCUCUUUGGAUUCCCCCCAAUCGUGCCAAUAGUUUUCCUUCUUCUGGAAUAUGUUGCCAAAGGUAGAUUGAUUCCAUUUGGCGGCUGAGAUGGCAAAUUCCUUCGAAGUACUCACAAAUUCUGCACCCGGUUGCCAAUGGCUCCUAACAAGUCUGUCAAAAUCGUCAUGGAUGAGCCAUGAUGCGAAAAAUUUGAAGGGCUUCCACCUAUUGAGUCCACUACUCUGGCCCUUGCAUAUGAUCAUGAUUGGCCAAUGAUCAGAAUGGACCCUUGGUAGAUGGGUGAUGAUUGCUUCCGGGAACAUGUCCUGCCACAACUCAUUGCUCAGGAACCUAUCUAAUUUUUUCAGUAAAUCCCUCCUCUUCCAUGUAAAUUUUGUCCCAGUGGUUGGAAACUCUUGCAUUUCAGGCCUGAAAACCCAGUCACAAAACCAACGGCAUGGGCCACUCCCAUUUACCACGCCACCCUUCUUCUCGACACUCUUUAGAAUACAAUUCCAAUCACCGCCCAGUAGCCAUGCCUUCUGGGAUCCAUUCGCUAAUUUUGUUAAUGCCGGUCAUAAUUCUCUUUGAAUACAUGGAGUAGGGCUCGCAUAAACGAAGGUACAUAAGAAGUUUUUGGUCCCUCUUCGAAUCCUCGUAUGCACACAUUGUUUGUGGCAUUCCAGUAUUUCCACAUCUAUAUAGUCACUCCACAAAAUCUAGAUUCCACCAAAAAAUCCCUGCACUUCUACUUUGAAGGAUCAAUUAAAUCGGCUCCUCCUUAUAAAAUCAUCGGCCUUAAUCCCACUGAUUCUGGGUUCUAAGACUGCCACAACAUCCGACCUAUUCACAGCAACCAUCAACUCAAAAGCUUCCUGAAAUUUUUCAGACCAUGCACCCUGCACAUUCUAUGAAAUAAUACUUGUAUUCAUUAAUAAACUAUUAUUCAUGCGAAGAUACACACCUUAAUUAUCAGAGAUAGCCACCGCAUUAACGGCAGCUUCAUCCUCCAUCAGGCAGUCUUCCUCCGACGGUUCCUGUCCCUCCAGCACCAUUGAUUCAACAACAGAUGUCAGUAUACCUCCCGCAAGGUCCGGCGGAAUGUCAUCGUCGAUCAGAUUGGAAUUCAUCGUGUCCACCAUCAACACUUCAUUGUUUUUAGCAAUAGUUCUGGUAAUAGAGGAAGGGGGUGGGUUAGAAUUGUUACGGCUUGGUGUUUCAGUUGGUCAAGUGAGGAUAUGGCAGGUUGUACAUGUCGGCCGAGGUGGGUUGGGGUUUCUGUUGGACUGGGAGAGGUGACUUUUGUUGGCUCAUUGUAAACAGGUUGGUCUUUAGGGGCGUUGGGAUGGACAUUUGGGUUGGCUAAUGGGUUAGGGACAUAUAGGUCGUUUGGUGGGCUGGUGGAAUUGGGUAUUUGAUAGUGACUAGGGGUAGACUUAUCUGAUGGCCCAUUUGGUCUUGUUUUGUUCUGGGUGGCUACGUUGACUUCUGGUUCUGGUACGUCAAGCAUCUUCCACUCAUGAUUUUUCAUUAUUUUGCCCCGUGAACUUGAUUUUCUAGUCCCAAGGACAGAUGGUGACGGAGUGGUUGCAGUGCGCUUCCCCUUUGCUUUGUCUGUUGGGUUUUCACCAAUUUCAAUUGGGAUCGAUGGUGAAUCCCCCUCUUCCCCAGAAAGGUCCAACAAAACGUCAAAUCUGGAGGUGUGACUAAAUAACUGGGUCCCUCUUGGUUCACAUGAUGCCUCUCCGACUGGGCCUUAGGUUUUCCUCUUCACGACACAUCGGCUCACUCCUCCAUGGUGGUAGUGGUUUGACCAGUACCACCAGAUUCCUUCGGAAUCUUUGGCCGGUGUUCCGGCUGGUUGGGAAUACCCAGUGGUUUGGCGACUUCCGGUUGCUUGGGCUGGAAAUAUGGAUCCUAUUUGGUGGCCCACUCGACUACUGGAGACGCAAGGAUGGGGGACAUUCUCGUACUCCACCUUCUAUAAUCUACCCCUCAUAUCAACUUCUGUCACCAACGGUUCAUCUAAUUCAAUCUUGACAGCCAUUCGUGCAAAGCGUCCCCAUGUCUUCGUAGCAGUCUGUUGGUCUAUGUGUUUCACUUUACCCAGGGCUCUCCCAAUCUUCUUCAGGAAGGACUGAUUAUAAUGAUGCACUGGAAGGCCUAGAAGUCUAGCCCAUACAAUCGUCGCCUUAACUCGGCUAGUGGCUGCAUUAAAGGAGCUGUCCCAAGGUUGAACAUACAGGUAAGUGUUGAGGAUUACCCAGGGGUCAUUGUUCAACACUCUGUACAUGUUUUCUUUACAUCUGAACUUGAUUAGGAAAAAAUCUCUUACCUGAUCCAUAAUCGCAAUACAAUAUGUGAUUUGCCAUAAGUCUAGAAGACGGUGGCACAAGUUUGGAGAGAGUUUGAUCUUCCCAUCUGUCGAAGGACUAACAUGUCCUUCCAUUGAUCUACCAGCUGUUGUUCCAGUCUGUCUGAGAUCUCAAUUCUCGCCUUCCCUCCAUCCUUGGUGAGAAUUACAUCAUCAUCACCAAUCUCCAAUUCAUCAUCGACAUCGAACAAGGAGUAGUCUAACCCUCUCAUGAUUUUAUCUCUAAAACUCAUGGGUGUGGGGUUGGAAGACUCCUUAUCGGCUCCAUAUCUGGGCUUCUUGAUAGAUUUGAUAUCAAUCAGGAGUGGGGGGCAGUGGAUUCUUUAGUUACUAGGUUGGAUUCUGAUUUCAUGUUGGGAUGGGUUAAUCGUCCUCCCUCAGGUACAAAGUUGGCCGGUGAUGAUGUCAUGUGUUGGAAGAGAGAGUUUUCUAGAGAGAGGGACCUUUCAGAGAGAGACUUUUUUUUUUUUAUCUGCUGUCAUAUAAAAAAUUUGGACCGUUUCUCGAUUUGUGCAUGUCAUACUGGGGAAGCCGAACCUUAGCGUACAAAAAUAACUCCUAGGGCGGAGCUGAACACGGCUAGUUUAAGACCAUUUUCUGAGAUGUCAAAAGAGAGGGCGGACAAAAUAUACAAUCCAUGACAGAGAUUACUUAAGUAAACGUAAUAUCACAUUUAAAUGAUAUGGGCUAUACAAAAAACGGCCCAAUCUUCUUUAUGGAUAUCCAUCGAGUAGAUUAAAGUUAGUCCCUCCAAAUGAAAGGUUCAAUUCAAAGUUUUCAUCAGCACUACUGUAAAGAAAAUACUAGGCACCAGUUUAAAAUAAAGUUGAUUAAAAAAUGUGUUCUUAUAGAUGGU